AUGAAAAGUGCACCAGAGAUUAUGCCCGUUGAAGACGAUCCAUUCUUUCAGAAGGUUAGUUCUUCAGUGGUGAGAGAUUUGUAUAGACCAUCGUCGCCUACAAAUCAUCAACAACUAAAUCAACAAGAUCAUUCCGAACAAGAAUCUAUAUCUUCUCCAGUUAAAGAAUAUCAAAUUUCAAAUAAUUCAAAUAUUUAUCGGGAUGAUGAAGUAGUCUUGACUCCAAAAAUAGAGGAAAUUGAGGAUAGACAAACUAGGGCACAAGAUAUUAUUCUUCAAGUGAUAGAGAAUGAAGCAAUGAGGAAUCAUAAAACAGUAACCGUGGAGAGCUUUAGCCAACCUAUAUCACAGGAUGUACAAAAUUUCGUAAUGACACCAACACCACAAAAUAAUUCUUCAAAUAACCCUCAACAAGUUGCUCAACAAAAUACUACCCGAUUGGAUUCACCUCAUGAAGUGGAAAUUCCAACAAUUGGAAAGAAAUUAUCGAAAAGAAAAUCCUCAAAGAAUUUAUCCUUAUUUGAUGUAAUUAUUGGAGGAAACAAAUCUAAGAAUAAUACGAAUAAUCAAUUUGGAAAUAAUGAGCCUGCAGAAUCUGAAAAGCACAAAAGAAAGAGAACUAUUUGUGGAUGGCAGAUACCUCUGAGAUGGUAUCAGAUAUUAACAGCUAUUGGUUGGAUUGUAAUGAUUGGUGUUUCGUUAUGGUAUUCGAUUAAUUCAAUUGUGAACUUUGUGGAUGCGAUUAAUAAUCCAACCACCUCUUUGUCAUAUGUUGAGGAGGUACCGCUUCCCUUUCCAGCUAUUUCAAUUUGUAAUUGGAAUGCACUAACAAAUAACUGUAGUUAUUGUGGGCUGAGAUUGGAGAAAGUGUUUAGGGCUGAUAUCCAAAAAGAUAUUCCUGAAUACCUACAACAAGCUGAAUAUAAGGAAAUACGACAAGAUGAUUCAUUGUUUAGGUGCUAUGUUUUCAACAAUCGAUCCAUUAAUGUUGUGACUGCAAAUUAUACAGGUUAUACUGGUAGUUUGUCAUUCUUUGUUCGAGUACCAAGACCAACAGGAUCAGAUGUAAGCGACUACUCGAGAGUUGGCCUGCAGGUGUCAUUCCAUUCAAAUGGAACAAUGCCUGAUCUAGUUGGAGAAACAAACUUUGCAGUUCCAAGAAGAGACAAUUAUUUCAUGUUGACCAAAAUUAUCACUUCAAGAUUAAAAACAACUCCUAUUAAUCCACAAUUAGUCGAUGUUAGAUGGGAGCCUGUAACUUCUGAUGUUGAGCUAAUUGGAGCAGACGAAACAUUGGUUGUGAUAUCUGUUGCAUACGCUACAUUGAAUGUGAAUUACAUUACCGAGGUUGUCACUUCUUCAAUUGAAAGUUUGUUUGGUGAAAUUGCUGGUUUCCUUGGACUAACGAUGGGGUUAGAUAUGCUCAAGAUUUUGAGAGGAAUUUUGGAUGUUCCUUAUUCUAUUAAGGACAGAACUUUGAUGAAUUUGUGGAAUACAUUCAACUAG